CUCAUUUCACUGGCCUAUCACGACGCGACUUUUCUGCCGUAAAGUGUGACCAACAUGUCCGGAUAGGUGAUCUCUGAGCGUCACUGUGAAGCACUUUUACACGAUAUUUAAGCCAUUUGGGACAAUAACUUCUUAUUGGGGUCCAUGCUGGAAAUGACUACAGUGCACUAGGAGUGUCCAAAGUCAGGUAUUUAAGAAACUCCGCCCGGACAGCCCGACAGCCCCGCAAAAGAGGACAUGUCCGGGGAAAAGAGGACGUAUGGCACAAUGCCAAUCCCUGUUUUGCUCAUCCUGUACGGGAGCCAGACCGGCACGGCACAGGACACGGCGCAGAGGAUUGCUCGGCAGGCGCUGAGAAGACGUCUGCAAGUGCGCGUGUUGCCUCUGGAUGACUACGAUGUGGCCAACCUGAUCUCAGAGUCUCUGGUUGUUUUUGUCUGCUCAACCACUGGUCAAGGAGACCCUCCUGACAACAUGAAGAAUUUCUGGAGGUUUCUCUUUAAAAAAACGUUACCGGUUGGGUCUCUGUGUCGGCUAGACUGUGCCAUACUGGGCCUAGGAGACUCUUCUUACCCAAAGUUCAAUUUUGUGGCCAAGAAGCUCCACAAGCGUCUCGUGCAGCUUGGCGCCACUUUGUUGCUGCCUGUCGGCCUCGCUGACGAUCAGCAUGACCUGGGGCCUGAUGCUAUAGUUGAUGUGUGGCUUACAUCAUUUUGGCAAAACAUGGCUGCCUUGUACCCAAGACUUACAGAUGUGGUCCCGUUGAGGGAAGAUGAGCCACUUCCUCCGUCGUACACUUUCCAUUUCCUGGAUGGUGUAAAAGAGAAGACCGUUGAUUGUCAGAAAAUUCAGACACAACAAGCUGCUCCUUCCCAGUCUCAUCCCUUCUAUGCCAAACUUCUGUCCAACGUGAGGGUAACUGACCAACAGCACUUUCAAGACGUCAGGCACAUUGACUUUGACAUCAGUGGCUCCAACAUACAUUUUACUGCAGGUGACGUGGUGAUGAUGUAUCCUUGCAAUGCCCCAGAGGACGUUCAGCAAUUCUGUCAGCUGUUGAGAUUGGAUCCGGAGACUCGAUUCUCUCUUUCAAGCACAAAUGGCUCUGCAGUCCCUGGCAGGCUUUCUCAGCCCUGCACUGUGAGUUACCUGGUGGAGAGGUAUUUGGACAUUGCGGCCGUGCCUCGACGCUCCUUCUUUGAGCUGCUCGCCACCUUCUCCACCAACGAGCUGGAGCUUGAGAAGCUGGUCGAGUUUAGCUCUGCAGAAGGCCAAGAGGAGCUGCACAGCUACUGCAACCGACCACGCCGCACCUGUCUGGAGGUCUUGGCCGACUUCCCCCACACGACGGCACAACUCAGAGCCGACUACUUGCUCGAUCUUUUUCCUCAGAUCCAACCGAGGUCCUUUUCCAUCGCCUCCUCUCUUCAGGCUCACCCUAACAGGCUGCAGGUCCUGGUAGCUGUGGUCCAGUACAAAACCAAAAUGUUUAAACCACGAAGGGGUCUCUGCUCCACCUGGUUAGCCUCCCUCCAUCCCACAAAAGAAGAUGUUUAUGUGCCUCUCUGGGUGAAGAAGGGAAGUCUAAAGUUUCCCACGGAGAAGGACAUCCCUGUCAUAAUGGUUGGACCAGGAACAGGAGUGGCGCCCUUCAGGUCAGCUUUACAAGAGAGGACGGCUGAGGGUAGGCAUGACAAUGUCCUGUUCUUUGGCUGUCGAUCCGAGUCCAAAGACUUCUACUUCAGGUCCGAGUGGGAGGAGAUGAUGGCAGUUGGACAGUUGAGGCUCUUUUCUGCCUUCUCCAGAGACCAGGAAGAGAAGAUUUAUGUACAACAGCGUGUCAGCGAGAAUGCUGCACUCAUUUGGGACCUUAUAAGCAAUAAAGGCGCCUACUUCUACAUAGCAGGAAAUGCCAAACAGAUGCCGACUAGUGUGUGUGACGCACUCAAAGCGGGGUUCGAGCAGCAGGGAGGGCUGUCGUCCGAGGACGCCGAACAGAUGCUGACAGUCAUGGAACGGUGUGGUCGGUUCCAAAGUGAGACCUGGUCCUGAUCAGACGGGAGUCAAGAAGGACAGCGGUCACAUGACUUCACAUUGGUGACAUCAUCAAUAUCAUAUCCAUGCACUCUAUGCACAGAAGAUUUGAAAGGAUCGACUAAUAUUUCAGUCCUGGCACUGCAACAAUAAACAAGGACCAUGUACACACUUCAAAGAA